AUGUCUGACGCUUCUGCGUCACCGUCGCCGUCGCCGUCGGUCGCGCCCUCCCAGGAGUUCACCCUUCGUGACUACGUGGUGCAUCAGCGUGUAUUACAGCAGCUGCUGCGGUCUCAACCGGUGUGGCUGCUGGACGACGUGCUCAGCCUGCGGUAUCGCGCACGACUCCGGCUGCGUCUCUCUCCGCGCCCGCAGCUUCACUUCACGGAGGAUGCCGAAGAUGGCCCUCACUCUUUCGAGAUGGACGGGCCGUCGAGUAAACGCCGCGGCGCAGCAGAGAACGGCGGCAGUGACGACCAGGCAUCCACCAUGGAUGAUGGAUAUCCUGUCAUCCCUCUCACCCCCGCCUGCAGCAUCGAGCCGGCGGCGGAGGUGGGCGAGGCGGGCGGCGGUGGCCUGCGUCUCUGCAUUGCCCCUGUCGCUGCCGGUGGUGCCGCCGCGCCAGCCGAUCCCAUCUCCUUCCUCAUCAUCCCUGCCUCCACGGAGGCAGGGCGCACCCCCGCCUCGGCCUGGGUGACGGUGCUGCGUCGUCUCUCCCGUCUGUCCAGUGUGCCGCCGCGCGUGAGUGGCGUUCUCGACGUUACUAAAAGGGUGAAAGCUGAUUGGGACACACCGUCGGUGCCAUGUCACGUGGACCCCGUCUCGACGGACCAAAAUGGCACCGUCUCCCCGUCAGCGAUCCAUGAAGGUGAUGCGGGCAUGCUGCCGAUCACAACACCCAACCCCAGCUCCUGCAGUGGCUCUGCAUCGUCUCCCGCUCCCGUGGAGGCACCUCCUGUGUCUUCCCCGGCGCACCUGAUAGCCGGUACAAAUUUUGACAGGGAUGUGGAGGAGGAUAGGCGGCAACUCGAGCGCCUCACCGAGGCCUUGCACGCCCGAACUCGCGAAGCGGCGGAGCUCAAGGCACAGCUGCGUCAAGUGACUAGGACGACGCCGUCCAACAUGCCUGCCGCUGUCGGCAGCACGAGUGCUGCCACACCUGCUGAAGGGGCUGCUGGCGAGGAAGUCGAACGACCUCCAACGAUGGCGCACGUGAGCAGCGGGCUCGUGCCGGCACUGCGGAGCUUUUCGCCUCACCUGGCCGAGAUGUCUUCCGAGGACGACGAGGACGACGAGAGCGGCGGCGACGACGAUGAUGGCGGCUCUUCGGGCGAGCGAGGCGCUGGCCGAGCGGCGCGGAACUGCUUCAGAGGCAACGCCAGCAGUGCGGUCUUCGUCCUCUCCGAAGACGCGGCACGGCCACAGGCGCCACGCAGCGGUCAUGUGUGCAACCUCGGCUCCCUCGGUCCCACGUGCGGCGACGAGGACGCGCUGCGCAUCUACAAUGAAAUCCACGGAGGUCACAGCAGCAGCUGCAGCAGCGACCACCGCUCCUCGUCCCCAUCCACGUCAAGCGCCAGCUCGGUGGCCAUGCCGCAGCCAGCUGCGUGA